AAAUUAGAGUAAAGGUAUAAACCUGUGACGCUACCUUAGCCACCUAGACUGUUGUUGUACACACACACAGUGAUGAUGUCAGGGCGAAAACGCACAGGAGCGAGACAGACAAAGUCAACACCCAAACGUGCCAAGAAAUCUGUUCCAAAAGAUCAUUUUGCAGGGUCAGAUACAGACAGAGAAAAACGCCAGCUGACAUUACCAUGCAGUGAUCCAUUUCCGCCAACUACCUACUACUAUGGUGACAGCUUCGAUGCUGCUCAUGCAUAUUUUUCACAAGAUCAGGCAAUGUUACCACUGAACUUUGUUGGGACUCUCAAGAAGGAACAUCCGCAUGUGGUGAAACGAGUUGCUGAACUGUUAGCACACAAUGGAGGGGGAUUUGCUGUAUUUGGUCGGUCGCUUGCAACAACCUUAAAUUUGCCAAGUAGCAAACCUCCUGAUAUGUUGCAAUGUGACGUAAUAAUCAUUACACGAAAGUGCCUUCCUAUUUUUAUAUCUUUCGCAUCUGAGGCAUUUGGUUGCAUUGAACAGUAUAAUGCUGAAUUGGCUCGCCAAAAACUUUCACAAUACCGUUCAUAA